CGGCGCAGGCGCCUGCUGCCCCGCCGGCGGGGCCCGGGUUUUCCCGCGGCGGGAUGUUCUCUCGAAGGAGCCACGGGGAUGUGAAGAAGUCCAUCCAGAAGGUGCUGGAUCCCAAGAAGGACGUGCUGACCCGCCUGAAGCACCUGCGGGCGCUGCUGGAUAAUGUGGAUGCAAGUGAUCUUAAGCAGUUUUUUGAGACCAAUUAUUCUCAGAUAUAUUUCAUCUUCUAUGAAAAUUUUAUAACACUGGAAAAUAGUUUGAAAUUAAAAGGGAAUAAUAAAUCACAAAGGGAGGAGCUGGACUCCAUCCUCUUUCUUUUUGAAAAAAUACUGCAGUUUCUACCUGAACGAAUUUUCUUUCGAUGGCAUUACCAGAGUAUAGGUUCAACUUUAAAGAAGCUUAUACACACUGGAAAUUCUAUUAAGAUAAGAUGUGAAGGAAUCCGACUAUUUCUUUUGUGGCUUCAAGCACUUCAGACAAACUGUGCAGAAGAGCAGGUGCUGAUUUUUGCUUGUCUUGUGCCUGGUUUCCCAGCAGUCUUGUCAUCCAGGGGCCCCUGCACACUGGAGACACUCAUCAACCCUAGUCCUACUGUAGCUGAUGCAAAGAUCUAUCCAGAAGAAAUCACUCCACUCCUACCAGCUGUAUCAGGAGAGAAGCUCGCUGAGGACCAAACCUGCUUUUUUCUUCAAAUACUGUUGAAAUAUAUGGUGAUUCAGGCUGCAAGCUUGGAGUGGAAGAAUAAGGAGAAUCAAGAUACUGGUUUUAAAUUUCUUUUUACAUUGUUUCGAAAGUAUUAUCUUCCUCAUUUGUUUCCAUCAUUCACUAAGUUAACAAACAUCUACAAACCUGUACUUGAAAUCCCCCACUUGAGACCAAAGCCAGUGUACGUUACUACAACCCGAGAUAAUGAAACCAUUUACAGUACAAAAAUCCCAUAUAUGGCAGCUCGUGUUGUUUUUAUUAAAUGGAUUGUAACUUUCUUUUUGGAGAAAAAGUAUCUAACUGCAACACAGAACACUAAAAAUGGAGUUGAUGUAUUGCCUAAAAUUAUCCAGACUGUUGGUGGUGGUGUAGCACAAGAGAAGGUGCCAGAGCUGGAUGGUGCUGGGUCCACUGAGCAGGACAAAAACCACUCUAACAGUAGCACCUUGUCUGACCGAAGACUCAGCAACUCCAGCCUUUGCAGCAUUGAGGAAGAGCAUCGAACAGUGUAUGAAAUGGUACAGCGCAUCCUCUUGUCAACACGGGGUUACGUCAAUUUUGUGAAUGAAGUAUUUCGACAGGCAUUUUUGUUGCCUUCCUGUGAGAUAGCUGUAACAAGAAAAGUAGUUCAAGUGUACAGGAAGUGGAUCCUCCAGAACAAACCUGUGUUCAUGGAGGAGCCAGAUAAAAAAGAUGUUGCCCAAGAAGAUGUUGAAACAUUAGGAGUUUCAGAGAUUGAGAACAAGGAGGUCUCAUCUGAAAGUUCUGGCCAUAAACGAUCAUCUAGUUGGGGACGCACAUACUCCUUCACAAGUGCCAUGAGCAGAGGGUGUGUGACUGAGGAGGACAACACGAAUGUGAAAGCCGGAGCCCAGACUAUGCUGCAGGUCUUUCUCACAAAUGCUGCAAAUGUCUUUUUGCUGGAACCAUGUGCUGAAGUUCCUAUACUCCUGAGAGAACAAGUUGACGCUUGUAAAGCUGUUCUGGUUAUUUUUAGACGCAUGAUAAUGGAACUCACAAUGAAUAGAAAGACAUGGGAGCAGAUGUUGCAAAUACUACUCAGGAUAACAGACGCUGUUGUGCAGAAGCCAAAGGAUAAACACAUGAAGGACUUGUUUGCCCAGAGCUUGGCAGGGUUACUAUUUAGGACGCUCAUUGUGGCUUGGAUCCGAGCAAACCUCUGUGUGUACAUUUCUCGGGAGCUCUGGGAUGACUUUCUCAGUGUGCUCUCAUCCCUCACAGAAUGGGAGGAACUCAUCAUCGAGUGGGCCAACAUCAUGGACUCCUUGACAGCUGUGCUCGCAAGGACUGUCUAUGGAGUGGAGAUGACAAACCUACCUCUGGAUAAAUUAAGUGAACAAAAGGAAAAAAAACAACGAGGCAAAGGCUGUGUGCUAGAUUCUCAAAAAGGGACCACCGUAGGGAGAUCAUUUUCUCUCAGCUGGCGUAGCCACCCAGAUGUGACUGAGCCAAUGAGAUUUCGGAGUGCUACUACAUCUGGAGCACCAGGAGUAGAGAAAGCAAGAAGUAUUGUUCGCCAGAAAGCAACUGCCAAGCGCAGCCAGUCUAUCAGCAACUGUGUCCACCUCUCUGAGGCUUUGCCCGCCACUAAAAGCGUCCCGCUCCUACUUCACACCGUGAGCGCUCUCUUACCCGGUCUCUCUUACUCUUCUUGCUCUCACAGGCUGUCAGAAGUAGAUGAGUGUCAGCAGUCAGAAAAUGCACCUGCAACCGAAUGUAGUCAUCUUGUGGUGGGACAGCAGCAGGUACCCCGGAGCAGCAGCACAUCUGACAUCACUGAGCCUCUGCGCUCAGAUUCGACUCAGGGUCAAAAGGGAGAAAAUGCACAGAAUUUGAAUUCUUCAGAACCUAAGCCUAUUCAAGAGAAUAAAGGACAUGUGAAGAAAGAACAUGAAGGAAUAACAAUCUUAGUUCGAAGAAGUAGCAGCCCUGCUGAGCUGGAUUUGAAGGAUGAUCUGCAGCAGAUGGAAGGAAAACAGAGGGAAAGACCAAAGAGUGAAAGUACCAGCAGUGACACAGUUGUGGGCUACAGCAAUGAGGCAGAGCUUCCCAUGAGCUCAUGGCAAACAUGUGAGGAGGACCCAGAACUGCACACGCCCACUGACACUGUGGGUGACUCUGAUGCACGCCAUUGGUUACAGCUGAGUCCCACUGAUGCUUCAAAUUUAACAGAUAGCAGUGAAUGCCUUGCAGAUGACUGCAGUAUAAUCGCUGGAGGGAACCUCACUGGUUGGCAUCCAGAUUCUGCUGCUGUAUUAUGGCGUAGAGUCUUGGGAAUUCUUGGAGAUGUUAAUAAUAUUAAGUCACCCAGAAUCCAUGCCAAGGUCUUUGGCUAUCUCUAUGAACUCUGGUACAAACUGGCAAAGAUACGGGAUAAUCUUGCAGUCAGCCUGGAUAACCAGUCGUCUCCAUCUCCUCCGCUCUUGAUCCCACCACUCAGAAUGUUUGCAUCAUGGCUCUUUAAGGCCACGACACUGCCAAAUGAAUAUAAGGAAGGCAAACUGCAAGCCUACAGGCUGAUCUGUGCCAUGAUGACCAGGCGCCAGGAUGUUCUGCCAAACUCAGAUUUUCUGGUGCAUUUUUACCUGGUGAUGCACCUGGGACUGACCAGCGAGGACCAGGAUGUCUUAAACACCAUCAUAAGGCACUGUCCACCCCGCUUUUUCUCCCUGGGUUUGCCUGGCUUCUCAAUGUUGGUGGGGGACUUCAUCACAGCCGCUGCCAGGGUCCUCAGCACAGACAUGUUGGCGGCACCCCGUUCAGAAGCUCUCACUCUUCUUGGUUCCCUUGUGUGCUUCCCGAACACCUACCAGGAGAUCCCGCUACUGCAGUCAGGGCCACAAGUGACUGAGGUCAUCACAGGAACUGAAGAGGUUAAGCAUUACCUCAUAAAUAUUUUACUGAAGAAUGCUACUGAGGAACCAAAUGAAUGUGCAAGAUGCAUUGCCAUUUGCUCCCUUGGGGUCUGGAUCUGCGAAGAGCUUACACAAUGUACUAGCCACCCUCAGGUGAAAGAAGCCAUCAAUGUGAUAGGUGUAACUCUGAAGUUUUCUAACAAAAUUGUGGCUCAGGUUGCUUGUGAUGUUCUCCAAUUGCUGGUUUCCUACUGGGAAAAGCUUCAGAUGUUUGAAACUGCUCUACCGCGAAAAAUGGCAGAAAUCCUUGUGGCCACAAUUGCUUUUCUUUUGCCAAGUGCAGAGUACUCCUCAGUGGAAACAGAUAAAAAGUUUAUUGUGUCCUUGCUCCUCUGCCUGUUGGACUGGUGCAUGGCGCUGCCUGUGAGUGCCCUCCUCCACCCCGUGUCCACAGUGGUCCUGGAAGAACAGCACCCACCCCAGGCCCCUUUGUUGGAUUAUAUCUACAGGGUUCUCCACUGCUGUGUGUGUGGCUCAAGCACAUACACGCAGCAGAGUCACCACACUCUGACCUUGGCUGACUUGUCGUCCACGGAUUAUGAUCCUUUCCUGCCCCUGGCAAAUGUGAGGAGCUCUGAGCCAGUCCAGUGCCAUUCCUCAACAGAACUGGGGAACCUGCUGACUGUUGAAGAGGAGAGGAAGAGAAGAAAUGUGGAGUUGAUACCCCUGACUGCACGGAUGGUAAUGGCACACCUGGUGAACCACCUGGGGCACUACCCACUCAGUGGGGGCCCUGCCAUUUUGCACAGCCUGGUCAGUGAGAACCAUGAUAAUGCCCAUGUGGAAGGCACUGAGCUGUCCUCAGAGGUAUUCAGGAGCCCCAACUUGCAGCUGUUUGUAUUUAAUGACAGCACUCUCAUCUCCUACCUUCAGACGCCAGCAGAGGGAGCGGCCUUGUCGGAUGUGAGGGUCAUUGUGAGGGAUAUCUCAGGGAAGUACUCUUGGGAUGGCAAAGUUUUAUAUGGACCUCUGCAAGGCUGCUUGGCACCCAACAGAAGAAAUCCCACACUUCUGAUUUCAGGUGGCUCUCAUCAUCACACAGAUGGACCUCCAAAAGAUUUUUCUCACAUUGAGGAGGGAGAUGAUGUCCUUGACAAAUUACUUGAAAACAUUGGCCAUACAAGCCCUGAAUGCCUUUUACCUUCCCAGCUGAAUCUGAAUGAGCCAUCCCCACCCCCAUGUGGCAUGAACUGUGAUCAAGAGAAAGAAAUCAUCGAGGUCAUCUUGCGCCAGAGCGCACAGGAAGAUGAGUAUGUUCAGAGGUGUAAUUCUAACUCUGCAAUGAGGGUCACCAGCCAAGGGCAACCCUCACCAGUGGAACCACGAGGACCCUUUUAUUUCUGCAGGUUGCUGCUUGAUGACUUGGGGAUGAAUUCAUGGGACAGAAGGAAGAAUUUUCACUUGCUGAAGAAAAAUUCAAAAUUAUUGAGAGAACUUAAAAACCUGGACUCCCGUCAGUGCCGUGAAACACACAAGAUCGCAGUGUUUUACAUUGCUGAAGGUCAAGAAGACAAGUGUUCAAUCCUGUCUAAUGAAAGAGGAAGCCAAGCUUAUGAAGACUUUGUUGCUGGUCUUGGAUGGGAGGUGGAUCUCUCAACCCACUGUGGGUUCAUGGGUGGACUUCAGCGAAAUGGCAGCACGGGUCAGACAGCCCCUUACUAUGCUACCUCGACAGUGGAAGUGAUUUUCCAUGUUUCCACUCGGAUGCCAUCAGAUUCGGAUGAUUCACUUACCAAAAAGCUCCGUCACUUGGGGAAUGAUGAGGUCCACAUUGUCUGGUCUGAGCACUCUAGGGAUUACCGCAGAGGUAUUAUCCCAACUGCCUUUGGAGACGUUUCCAUCAUUAUUUACCCAAUGAAGAAUCACAUGUUCUUUAUCACGAUAACAAAGAAACCUGAGGUUCCAUUUUUUGGGCCUCUGUUUGAUGGAGCCAUAGUGAGUGGGAAGCUGCUGCCAAGCCUUAUAUGUGCCACGUGCAUCAACGCCAGCCGGGCUGUGAAGUGCCUCAUCCCACUUUACCAGAGCUUCUAUGAAGAGCGAGCUCUGUAUCUGGAAGCAAUAAUUCAGAACCACCGGGAAGUCAUGACAUUUGAGGAUUUCGCAGCUCAAGUCUUUUCUCCCUCUCCCAGCUACUCCCUCAGUGGAACGGAUUAAAAUACACAGUGGUCUCAUUACAAUACUUGAGCAAGGGGUCUUGACCUCCAGCCUGAAUGUGGACCCCAAGGAGUCCAGCCAUGUGGUGAAGAUAGACCAGACUCUCCUACUUUCCUUCCCUUAAGCUCCCAAAUCCAGACUCCAGGAAACCCGGUGACUGUCCAGCACCUGCAGCAAGCCUCCCCAGUGCUGGGCCCUCCCAAGUCACAGGUGAUCUGCUUCACAUGGAACUUUCAAACAGGGCUAUCAUCUAGUCCUGGAACCUCACAAACCUUGGGCUUCCACAGAAUAGAAAACUUCACCAACUACCAGCAACAAAGCUGCUCAUGUGGACAGUGGAGUAGCCUAGCUGCUCAGACAGAUCACAGUAGCAAAAGAUCUGGAGCCCAUAGGGAGGGGCAUGUGGUGUCUGUAUCCCAGGUUAUUCCUUUUUACACCUAAGUAUGAUUGGGGGGGGGGGGACCAGAAAAACAGCGGUGUAAUUGAGGAAUUUCCUCUGCACUGAUUUUGCCAGGUCCUAUGUUGGGAUUUAUAGUUUACUCAAAAAUUUCAUCAUCAUGGAAAUUGGCUAUCCCCAGAGUCUUUUCCCAGGAGAAGUUUCACCUCAGCCAGAGUCUGUUUCCACCUGGUGCCUGAGGCCCACUAACUGAGGAGGUUCUCUUGACACCCAAAGACCCACUAGGUGGUGACAGUCAAGCUCCCAUCACAGAGCCCUCAGAAGUGUCUAGAAAUACAGGGCUGUUUAUGAGCACUUCUGUGGGACAGGGAUCAUUGCCAGCUCAGCAUCCACACAGAAAGCUGCCAGGCUAAACCAGGCACCCCUGAGUGCCCCAUGCCUCAAAGUGAUCACCUGAAAUCUUCUGCCUGCUGCACAGAGACCAAGAUAAGUGUUGAAAACAGUUCUCACCAUACAGAGUUUUAGGGUAACAGAUUACACGCAAGGGAUUUGAAUCAUAUUUUUUGCCUCUUUGGCUCCAAGGGAAGGUAAGUUGAGCUGAUGGUAAAGAAAGGAAAGAAGUCAAGAUGAGAGGUCCUGCCUUCUGUCUAGUGCCCUUGCUAGGCACCUUGCCAUCCAGCAACAGGAAGGUCAGCUCACAGAGGAGAUCUCUGUGGCUCUCCCCAGAGCUCGAGCUUGCUGCACUCCCACUGUACCCCAGAGAGAAGUGCAGGAAAUGUAGCAGAGGCCACCCCACCCCAUUCCAUGGGCCUGCUGUGUGAAGCCAUUUCAUAGUGCACAGGACCAGGUGGUCCUUUCGCUCAAAACAGGAAAACAGCACUUCAAGCAUGGCUGCAAGGAGCCUAGUCACAGGAAGGUGGGCCCUGGUCUUAGAUACCUGUCCACCUUCUUUGGCCCUUUGCCUACUUGGUCAAGGCCUACCCUGCCCACCCCAUUAGUGUUCAUCCUCGCUGAGAAGCCAGCUUUUUCUACCAAUCAUUGGGUUGCUUUGACUGAUAAUGACCUUGGUAGGGAAAGGGGCAGAGCCAGGAGCCAGACUCAGUCUAUGAGUGAAUGGAAAAGUCCUGAGAGUAUCUUCUUAACAAAAGGGCAAACCUUCCAACUGCAGGGAGAAUCUGACUGCUUUGGAAGGAGUGCAGGCAGCUUUGCGUCCCAGGAUCAUCCACAGAAGCACCUAGAGCCAUCAGAAGACAGUGUAGAACAGGCCUAUUCCACAGUAGAAGUAAGUAGGCUUUAAUCUCAGGCAGGCCUUCUUAGGGCUCAGGGUAUCCACAUACUGGAGGUUUGGUGGUAAUAGAAAGGCUGACCAAACAUGGUAUGUCCUAUUGUGUCAGCAAAUACCUUGAUUUUUAUUUCCAGACUCCUCUUUUUACAUUUUCUUAUUUUUGUUUUUAAGAGAUCAGAGCUUUCCAGUCUGAUUUGUCCAGUGUUGCUCAGACUUGGUGGCACUGAUUGACCUACUUUGUUUCACGUUUACAAAGUACAGGGAUCCUGCUCCUGUGGGAAGGACAUUGCCUAUCAGUAAAUAUCUUCCAGGAAAGUAUUCUGUCUUCAGAAUCCAGAAACCUCUGUUGUAGAAUUUCUGGUCAUAGUAGCUUUGGUAUAGUAGUUUUUUUGUUUGUUUUUGGUUUUUGGUUUUUUUUGUUUGUUUGUUUUGUUUUUUUAAGGUAGAGCCUCACUAUAACCUAAGCUGACCUAGAAUUCAUUAUGUAGUCUCGGGGUAGCUUUUAACUCACUGUGAUUCUCCUACCUCUGCCUCCUGGGUGCUAGGAUUAAAGGCGAGUGCCACCAAGCCUGAAUGGUAGUCUUUUUGCUUUUGUAUUCUGUUGGUGAUGACACCCAAGGUCGCAGCACAGCCCCUGACAGCACAGUUUGCUCCCCUGGUCUGCUCAUGAUUUCAUUUUGCCUUGGACUGAAAAUUCAAUUGGAGGUAGCAAAUAACUCAACCUUCCUAUAACCUAAUAAUUUUACAAUCCCAUGGCCUCAGGUGACAGCUGCAGUUUUGUGACUGGAGGGCUUUUGUUUUUCCUUUUUUUUUUUUUUCCUUUUAGUCAUUGCUUCUCAGUGACACUCUGGUUGGGAGACUUAGAAUCUUGGAGCAGGAUUCUGGCCACGGUUUGUUCACAGUCAUGUGGACUUAGUCGUUCUUGUUAUUUGGGGUGGAAAAUUGAAAUGAUCGAAUUUGGUGUUUCUUUUCUUCCAUUAGAAAAGCAAAUAUUGUGCUUUUGUAGUAAAUGUCUUUUAGCAAAAUUGCUAAAGGUUAUGCAUCCGAUAGAGACCAUCCCAAGCCACAGCACCGUUAGUAUUAGUAGGUUAGCCAUCUGUAAUAAAAGUGGCCCUAAUUAGCCCAGAGUGUGUUGAGACUCACUGGCCUCCUGCAGGGCCUGGUCAGUUCCUUCACUCUGUGAAUGCUGAUUUCCGGAUUUCCACGUAGAGGGAAAAUGAUGUUUAGCGUCUAAUUGAUUAGACUUAUUUACUUUAAAGAAAUAGUAAUUCCUCAAAAUGAUGACCUUUUAAAAAUAGCCAGACUAAAAAAAAAAAAAAAAAAUAGCCAGACUUUCAGCUGAUGGAAAGAAAUGGAGCCAGGUGAGCUACUGUCUGGAUGUCUCUCUUCAGCAGCUCAAAAGAGCUGUAUGGUGUGGGGACCUUGACUUGGUGAUGUGGCUCGUUGCCAGGACCCUUAGCCUUACAGAGGAGAUCACUCAGUUCCAGGGAGCCACACAAAUCCUGUCUUCCAGACCAUCCUCAGGUGUCACUUCCUGCUUACCUCUGGCCUGUUACAUUCGUAUCAAACGGAGGUUUGAUCAGUCCUUUAAAGUAACCCUUCCUGUGUGUGAAGUUCAGCUGUGCUGCUUUCUGUCUGCUGAAGGGAGAUGUCCACAUCCAAAGGGAAGCUCACACAGAACAGCCAUCCUUGUAGUUGCACUCAAUAUCUGUGUAUGGCGUACACAGUAAGUGAAUGUCUUCUUAUGUUUCCAGGGCUAUAAUGUUAGUACGUGUAAAUAGAGGAAAAUUUGAUAGAUAUGGUAAAUUAAGUUAUAGCAUGUCAUUUGAUUGUUUUGUGUUCUAUUUAAUUUUCCAAUGCUGCACAUCUAGGUUCAUUCCUAGGUGGAUGAGACCUCCACGUCUCUCCCACCUUGGCAGGAGUGUGUAUGUGUGAGCCGAGACACACUCCAUAAGAGGCAGCCAUGCUGGGAAAGCACACAACUCCACUGAUGGUGCCACUCACCUCUGCAGUUAGCCACCCUCCUUUUCCCCUUCAGUCUGAUUUACUGUGAUGAUUUAAUGAAGUAGAGACAUGUGUUUCUGUCAUUCUCCUAGUUUGUAGGAAAAUAAACUUUAUCCUGGCACCUAA